AUGGCGCUGGCCUCCCAUUGGAUCAAGCCCGCAGGACCGACUGAGAGCCUGCAGCGCGUGUCAGUGGUCCUGGAUUCUGCAGGGCCUUACCGGCACAGCGCCUACGGAGGCAGCCCGAGCGGCAACAGCGGGCGUGGCGCCGUGACCAUCCACUGUCUCCGCUGCCGGGAGGUCUGUAAGGGAGAGGUGGUUCGUGUGCAGAAUGUCCACUUCCAUGUCAAGUGCUUCACCUGCCAAGUGUGUGGCUGUGACCUGGCCCGUUCAGGCUUCUUCCAGAAGGGAGGAGAGUACAUCUGUACAGAGGACUACCAGCGCCUCUAUGGCACCAAGUGUGACAGCUGUGAAGACUUCAUCACAGGGGAGGUGGUCUCUGCGCUGGGGCGUACCUACCACCCCAAGUGUUUCGUCUGCAGCAUGUGCAGAAAGCCUUUCCCUAUCGGAGACAGGGUGACCUUCUGUGGGAAGAAGUGUGUCUGUCAGCAGUGCUCCCAUUCGCUGGUCAGCAACGCGCCGGUCAAGAUCCACGGACCCAGCCACUGUGCAGGCUGUAAGGAGGAGAUCAAACAUGGCCAGUCUCUCCUGGCCCUGGAGAAGCAGUGGCAUGUCAGCUGCUUCAAGUGUCAGACCUGUGGCACUGUGCUGACAGGGGAGUACAUCAGCAAGCAGGGGGAAAGCACUACCACCCCACCUGUGCCCGUUGUGCCCGCUGUCAGAUGAUGUUUACAGAAGGAGAGGAGAUGUACCUGACAGGUUGCGAGGUGUGGCAUCCCMUGUGUAAACAAGCAGCUCGAUUGGAGAAGAAACUCAGAUUCAGACGUACCUCGGAGGCCUCCGUAUCGCCCCCAGGAUCCAGCAUCGGCUCCCCGAGCCGCAUCAUCUGUGCCAAAGUGGAAAACGAGGUCCUAAAUUACAAAGAUCUGGCCCCACUGCCUAAGAUUAAAACUAUUUGUGACGUGCAGCGGCCCGAUCUCAUUCCCUGUGAGUCUUAUCACAGAUACUCCUCUGAUGACAGACUAGAACACUACAACUAUGGGGAG